CUACAACACGUCUCUCACCAAACACCCACAGUAACAAUGGGCAAGAAACGAGUCGGCGCACUGGAGAAGGUUGAUGCAGAUCUUCCCAAUCUCCAGUACAAAAUUCGACGGGAUCCAAAAUCAUACAGCGAAGAUUUCUUAAACCAAUAUGGCCAAUACCAAUCCCAGCGAGACAUCUUCCUUGCCUCGCCCACAACUGCAACCUCGACUGGCAUCGUCUCCUUCCGCGACCUCAUUGACUUCGUCGCCCAUGUCGCAGACUGCUUCCCUGAAGACACAGCCUCCUUCCCCUCCGACCUAAAAACAAUCCUCACGCUCCACCACGCCUCGCUCGAGUCCGAACUCCGCGAAAAGAUUGUAGGAAGUCUGGUCCUCCUUCGAAGAAAAGAGAUCAUAGAUUCGGCGGAGUUACUGAAUACGCUGUUCCCGAUAUUGGUUGCUACGCCGAGUAAGACGCUGAGGGCGUUGCUGUUUCAGAAGAUUCUGAGCGAUUUGAGGACGAGCAAUUCGAAGAGUGUUAAUCAUCGCUUGAAUAAGACGAUUCAAACGGCGCUGUUUAAUUUGUUGACGAGUGAUCGGGCGAGCGCGAAGGGUAUUUGGGCUGUGAAGAUUACAAGGGAGUUGUGGAAGCGGCAGAUAUGGACGGAUGCGAAAGCAGUGGAGAUCAUGAAAGAGGCGGCGUUAGCGGAUAACGAGAAGGUUAUUGGCGGCGGUGUGAGGUUUUUCCUCGGUGGGGAUAAGGAGAGGGAAGAGCUGGAGGAUGAGAGUAGUGAUGAGGAAGCUGGAAUUGAUAUCGGGAAGCUGAAACAUCAGGCGGGCAUCAAUAAGAAGAGUAGGAAGACCAAGAAGAGUCUUGAGGAGGCGGUCAAGAAGGUCAAGAAGACGGAGAAGAAGAAGAAUCAGCCGCAUCCGCUCAAUUUCUCUGCUUUACAUCUGUUACACGACCCCCAAGGAUUCGCAGAUACCCUGUUCUCUAAACAUCUACAAAACUCGAAAUCGAAGCUGAAUCUGGAGCAGAAACUGCUGGUUUUACAACUGGUUUCGAGGUUGGUUGGUUUACACAAGCUGACGGUUAUCUCACUCUACUCUUACUUCAUCAAAUACCUCACUCCCCGCCAACCCUCAGUUACAACCUUCCUCGCGUGUCUCGCCCAAGCAACACACUCCCUCGUCCCACCUGACGCUUUAGAGCCCCUCGUCCAGAAAAUCGCCAACGAAUUCGUCUCAGAAGCUUCUGCCUCAGAAGUCGCAUCCGCAGGCCUGAACGCCAUUCGAGAAAUCUGCGUUCGGCAACCACUUGCUAUGAAUGAGACUUUACUGCAAGAUCUUGUUAUGUACCGAAAGAGCAAAGAUAAGGGCACGGUGAUGGCUGCGAAGGGAUUGCUGUCGUUGUAUAGAGAGGUUGGAGCAGAUUUAUUGAAGAAGAGAGAUAGAGGCAAGACUGCUACGAUGGGGCUUAAGAGCGGGAAUAUCAAGGAGCGACGCUUUGGUGAGGAGGAAGUGGGUGGUAUUGAGGGGCUUGAAUUGCUUGAAGAGUGGAAAGCUGAAGAGCGGAAACGGAAACGCGCUGAGAAGGGACUUCCUGAACUCGGCUCGGACGAAAGUGAUGAGGAUGAAGACGGAGACGAAGAGGAAACUAAGGGCUGGGAGAACUGGGACGCAGAGUCUGAUGCUUCGUCUGAUUCCGGAGGGUGGAUCAAUGUUGAGAGCGAUGCCGAGAUCGAGAUUUCCGAUUCGGAAGAUGAGAAGCCUGCUGUUAAGAAGGCGAAACUCGAUCCCCUUGCCACAAAAUCGAAACCCGAAUCCGAAACUCCUGGCAACGAUGAAGAGAAGGAGAACGCAGAUAAAGACAAAGCUCGCGAGCAGAAAAUCUCAAAGCUUGCUACGACGAAGAUUUUAACACCAGCCGACCUGGCGAAGCUCCAAGAACUCCGUCUCCAAGCGUCAGUUUCCAAGGCAAUGGGAAAAUCCAACUCUAAAUCCCAAUCCCAACGCUUAAAGGAACUCGCAGAUCGACACGCCGACGAUCCUCUCACAGCAGAGCAAAUCGAAGGGCUCUCCAAACUUCGCAAGAGCACUCGGGAAGAGAAGAUAGCAUUAGCUAGAGAAGGGAAAGGUGAGAGGGGCGAGCAUAAGAGUACGCAAGCGCUGAGAAGACAGAAAAAGGAUGCGGAGGGGAAGAGUACCACGAAUAAGGAGAAGUCGAGGAAGAAGAAUUUCAUGAUGACGCUGGGGAAGGCGAAGUUUAAGCAGAAGAGGAGCUUGACGCAGACGAGACGGGUGCUGAAGGGGCAUAUUGAGAGGAGUAAGAGAGGGGGGAAGAGGGGGAAUGUUGGAAUGUAGUGUGUGGACUAUUAGCCGCUGCGAAAAGAACAAGAUAUCUGCUUGAUUAAUCGAUGGGCGUUGGAACAUCGGCGAGUGAGUGACUGAUGUCUUCGUUAUCUUGCUUCAGUUUGGGACAAAAAUCUUGGUACAUGCGUCUCCUCGCAACAGGCGACCACAUCUUCAAUGUCUCCACAAGUAUUCGGACAUUGAGCUCUCUAGAGCCUCUGUUACAAUCCUUGCUACGUGGUCGCAGUUUGCAUUACUGGCCACUGCAGUCUCUGAUCUUGCUAUUAAUUUAGUUCCCGCUGCCCAUCUAUUAGACUC